AUGUUAUUUGAAUUCUUUUGGUUGGUAGAGGAAUUAGAAGACCAUUAUUUUUAUACUGCCAAAUAUUGGCGGUUAGAUUCGGACGUAGAUGCUUACUUUUUUGUCUUUACGCAAUUAACAGUGCUUGCGACUACGAAAGAGCCGUACGUCCAAGGCGAAAAAGUGAAAUUUGAACGUUUGUAUCCUGCAAAAGAAGAAUUACAGUUUAACCGUGGUGGUAUCAUUUUUGAACCACCGAAAAUGUUGCCAGAAUCUGUGCUUAUUGGAAAAUUAAAAGCUAAAAAUGAGUUGAAACAGAAACAGGAGUUUCAAGUUUAUCGAUAUGCUACGUGCCUUAUGUUUCAUGUUUUACAAUAUCAACUUUUUGCGUUUGUUGAAUGGUUUAAAAAUUCUUUAGUUCUGCAAAUUUUAGAAAACGGCGGUGAAGAAGACCAAGCAGACGUCAACGUGCAAGAUUACAAAGACGUGUUAACUUGUACAAUAGAGCCUCCUAUGAUGAAUAAAUUUAAUCUUUGCGGGUGCGAUAUGGUUGUAGCUGUAGACGUUGUUUUUUUUUCUCUUUACUGUUUUCCAGUGUUUGUGGCAGCAGGUAUUAUUCUUAGUGGUUUAACGGACUUUGAAGUUAUAGAAGAAGAGAAGGAGAGGCAGGAAAAAAAUAUCUUGCUCAAGUUACGUUGA